AUGGGAAAUAGCCAGGGGAAGCCCAUUUCACCCAACGAUGCCGUUAGCCUUAAUCAUUUUCGCUUGCUCCGCGUGGUCGGAAAAGGCGCAUUUGGCAAGGUUCGCAUCGUUGAAAGAAAGGAUAGCGGCUUGACAUUUGCUCUCAAAUACAUUCGGAAAGAAGAAGUCGUGCGGUCGGAAAGCGUUCGGAACAUCAUUCGGGAGCGACGAAUGCUUGAACACUUGAACCACCCAUUCCUUUGUAACUUGCGAUACAGUUUUCAGGACAUGGAGUAUAUCUACAUUGUGGUUGACCUGAUGAACGGAGGCGAUCUUCGAUUCCACAUCUCACGCAAGUGCUUCACCGAAGAAGCCGUCCGAUUCUGGAUGGCAGAACUCGGCUGUGCAUUAAAGUAUAUCCACUCUCAGGGGAUUAUUCACAGAGAUCUGAAGCCGGAUAACGUGCUUCUGGAUUCCGAAGGCCAUGUACAUUUGGCAGACUUCAAUGUUGCGUCAGAUUUCCGACCAGGAAAGCCUCUAACGAGCAAGUCUGGAACAUUGGCCUAUCUUGCCCCAGAAGUGUAUGAAGGGAGCGGUUACUACUUCGAAGUCGAUUGGUGGUCUUUAGGUGUGACCUUUUAUGAGUGCAUCUAUAACAAGCGCCCGUUCGAAGGCCGGAGCCAGGACACACUCAGUGAAAAUAUUAAAAAAGCACAGCCGAAGUACUAUGUGACAAAUCCUGCGGUAUCAGUAGCGUGUCUUCGGGCGCUCGGCGCAUUAAUGGAGAAAGAUCGUUCCCGCCGAAUCGGCGCUAUUAGCUUCGAGAGUUUCACAAACCACAUGUUCUUCGCCGAGCUCGAUUUCAAUGCCUUGGAACGAAAAGAAAUACCCCCGGUGUUCCGACCCUCCAGUGAUAAGACCAACUUCGAUGCUACUUACGAUCUUGAAGAACUUCUUUUAGAAGAAGCACCACUGGAAGCUCGUGCUCGUCGGCAGAAGCCACGUGCAGAGCUUCGAGAGGAUGCCACUGCGAAGGAGAUCCGCGAGGAUGAACUCCACCGCUUGAUUGAGACGAUGUUCGAGCCUUUCGACUACACCGCGGCCGACUAUCAGGGCAAUGCUGCCGAAGCCAUUGCCGCGCAAACGUGCGUACAACCCGUCGAUCCUGGUCUACUUGGCACUGACGAUCUUUCGUCCAGAAACCCCGAAGAUUGCCUCCCGAUCGCGACCACCACAACCACCAGCACCAGUUCUCACUCCCGUCAGUUCUCACAGCCUGAAAUGAACAAUCGGAACUCCACGCCUCCCCCAACCGAAUACAUGCCCCGUGGCGCACAACGAAAGCAGAGCAAAGGGGGUGGUGUGCAGAUGGUGCUGGAGGAAGCUGGAAGCUGGAGUGAACUUGCAAACCACAAUAUGACACUUCCGGCUGAAGGCCUCGAAGGCGAUGGAAGCAAAAAGGGCUCUAGCGGUAUGCUGUCUUUCCUCAGUCGUAAGAAGGGCCGUGACCGCAGCCCUAAGCCGACCGAGCCUGGUGUUCUAGGCAAGGAGGGUGCCAGGCAGAUCAUCAGUUGA